AUGCCGAAGGAAAAGAAGCCGAAAAAGCCCAAAAAGGCUGUCCCCGAGAUACAGCCCGUCGAUGGAUUAAGUGCUGUAGAUCGCCAGUUCUACGAAAUUACCAUCAACGACCUUAACCAAAAGCUGGCCCGCCUGCGGACGCACAAUGUGAAGAUUGAAGAGCGCAAUGAAGAGCUUGAAAGUCGGCUGAAGCAAAUCGAGGAAGACCGUGCCGAUGUGACGGCGUAUCUCGACCGGACGCUGCAGGAAAAGGUGGGCACCAUCGUGGAACUCGAGGAUAAACUAAGCGAGCUGUCGAAGGUGCGUGAUCAGGAGAAUGAAGAGUGCCGCAAGCAGAUUAAUACCCUCGAUGGGAAGUAUAAGGCCAUGCACGAACAGCUCACGUCCGAGAUAAAGCUGCUGACCGGUAAGCUCAACUCCAUGGAAGAGUUCCGACUGCAGCGGGACGAGCUGAUGGCUAAGUUCGAUGCCCAGGAUAGUGAGUUGAAGGAGCAGAACAAGCGCCACAAGUCGACACUGUACGAGAUGGAGCGCAAGGUCAUACUGGAUAAGGACCGGUUGCGGAAGGAUGUCGAGAACAAGCUGCUACAGCUGUCCACCGAGUUUACCAAGUCAUCCGAAAUUCGGGUAGCCGCACACACGCAACGGCUGGUGCGAGAAAACAUUGCCCUGAACAACGAGAUGGACCGCAUGAUCUACACGCAGGAGCGGAUGCAGAAACAAUUCACCGAACUGCGCAAACAGAACACGGAGCUGCGGAACCAGGCCGAGAUAGACUUUGUGGAGAAGCAGCGACUGAUGCAGACGUGCCAGGAGCGGCUGGAAUCGAUCAAGCAGCUGACGGAUCAGUUCGAGACCGUGCUGCAAAAGAACGGCGAGUUGAACGCCUUCCGACUGCGGGCUGUUGAGCUGGAGGAUGAAAACAGAACCACCCGGAAGGACUACAACCAGCUGCGGCAGAAGGUGCGUGUGCUGGAGCAAUACAUCCAUUACAUCAACACCGAUCGGCAAGGGUUGCGUUCCGAGUCCGACCACCAUCGGCGGGAGUUUGAACGCAUCUCGGACAUCCUGAAGACGGUGCGCUACACCGUACGGUCGGCGUUCAAGGGUGAGGAGGAAGAUUCUGACCUGCCCUACCAGGAGAUCAAGCGAAAGCGUCUGAUUGCCGACCUGCUCAACACGCUGAAUGAGCUGGAGAUGCAAUCCAAGGCGGACCAAUCGGUUGAAACCAUUGUCGCGUCGCUAACGGACGUGUACGAUCAGGGUGAUCUGGGCGUUAUUCCACGGGAAUCCAUGGAGACUAUCCUGAAGAAAACGCAAGGAUUCGAGGAAGUGAGCGAGUCGGCCAUUAUCAGCUCCAGCGCAACUGCCUCCUCCGUGGGGGAGGCAGACAAGAUGGAGGGCGCUAGCAAAUCUACGCUCGUUGGAGCAAGUGAGGAUGAAGCGGCCAUUAUUGAUGUUGUCAGUGGCUCGAGACUUGUGUUUCUGGGAUCGAACGAGUCUCUCGAAGAAGAGGACCAAGGGGAAGGGGCAAGCGGGGAGGAACCUGACGGCGAAGAAGAUGAUGAGGAAAAGAAGAAAGAUCGGGAACAGCAUGAGGAGGACGAUGGGGAAUUUGGAGAUGACGAGGCAAGCCAGCAACUUCAAGGUUCGGCGAUGGACGGUGGCGAUCCGGAUAGGGACGGCAUUAUUGUUGACGCUCCGGAGUCGAUUGAAGACGAAACGAUCGAGUUUGCUGGUUCCAAGAGUGAUUCGGAUUGA